ACCCUUUGCAAAUCUGACUGGCACAGGACAGGAGUAGGCACCUAGCUCAUUGCUGCUUUGCCUUUCAGCCUCCCCAGGCCCCUUGCUGGGCCCCCACCCUGCUAGCUUUCAGCUGGGUGGGCUCUUGCCCCGCCCCCUGAAUGCGCUCUAAGGCCCUUUCCAGCCCCUCCCCCCGUAGGUGCAGAAGGAUGACAGACUGCUACCGUCCCCCAGGGAAUGAGACGCUGCUGAGCUCACCGGCCUCACGGGCCACAGGCACGGCCUUCCUGCUGCUGGCGGCGCUGCUGGGGCUGCCCGGCAAUGGUUUCGUGGUGUGGAGCUUGGCGGGCUGGCGGCCUGCACGGGGGCGGCCGCUGGCGGCCACCCUCGUGCUGCACCUGGCGCUGGCCGACGGCGCGGUGCUGCUGCUCACGCCGCUGUUUGUGGCCUUCCUGGUGAUGCAGGCGUGGCCGCUGGGCCAGGCGGGCUGCAAGGCCGUGUACUACGUGUGCGCGCUCAGCAUGUACGCCAGCGUCCUGUUCACCAGCCUGCUCAGCCUGCAGCGCUGCCUCGCCGUCACCCGCCCUUUCCUGGCGCCCCGGCUGCGGAGCCCCGUCCUGGCCCGCCGCCUGCUGCUCGCGGUCUGGCUGGCCGCUCUGCUGCUCGCCGUGCCAGCCGCCGUCUACCGCCACCUCUGGGGGGACAGCCUGUGCCAGCUGUGCCACCCGUCGCGCGCCCACGCCGCCGUCCACCUGAGCCUGGAGACCCUGACGGCUUUCGUGCUGCCCUUCGGGCUGGUGCUCGGCUGCUACAGCGUAACGCUGGCGCGGCUGCGGGGCGCCCGCUGGGGCUCGGCGGCGCGGGCCGGAACCACGGCGCUGGCCUUCUUCAGCUCCAGCGUCAACCCGGUGCUCUACCUCUUCACCGCUGGGGAUCUGCUGCCGCGCGCGGGCCCCGGCUUUCUCACGCGGCUCUUCGAGGGCUCCGGAGAGGCUCGAGGGGGCCGCUCCAGGGAGGGGACCAUGGAGCUCCGAGCUAUCCCUCGGCUCCGAGUGGCGGGACAGGGCCUGGGCAAUGGAGACCCAGGGGGCGGGGCGGCGAAGGACAGUCAAGAGUGGGACCCUUGA